GAGAAUCGGGAAGAAGGAUAAGGUGGCAGGAACACCAAUCCGCCUGUUCCUAUCACUGAAACUCUAAGAAUGGAUCAAAGGUCCCCUAUCAUCAUCAGAGGGUGGAAGUUCGAAUGGAUAAUUACCACUCAAGCAGCCCGUGAAAUUUCAGCUAUCUUCAAAAGGAGCAUCAAAGGGCCUUGGAUUACGUUCUCAAAGUAUCCUGCAUCAGAACUCGAGACUGUGAUAGCUCGUUUCAAGGACUCAGGAUUCACUUACACUGGGUCAGAAGAGACUUUCAACGAUAUGGAAAUGAGUGAUACGAAUAAAGGGAAUCGGGAGAAGAGUGAGCUUGCAGCCACUGGCGGUUCAGCACCGUUGGCCAAGUACAGACAUGAAGAGAUAAAACAAACUGGAAAAGAACCUGAUUCGAUCGAGAUGUUUAGACGUUUCCAUGUGAAGAAGGACAAGAACUGGGUUUCGUCAAAAGCAAAAACCCUGCAUGAUGGAAUGAUACAAGCAGAGGCUGAAAAGUCAGGGUUGCAGCAAGCGUUGUCAGGAGGAUCGAACCAAAGAAAGGGGAAAAAUGAUGAGAAAAUGAAGAAGUUGGAGGAUGAGAUCGUAGAUGUGAGGAAUGCAGUCCCUCACAUUGGUGAAUCUGUCUUGCAGAGACUUGGAGUGCGGCUGCCCGAGUCAUUCGACAUGGAUCUCAAUAGUGAAGCAAAUGGGGAACAAGGUCGAGUUGGGGAAACUCAGGGUAACGAUGUGGCCGACGACGAGGCCGACGAGUCCGAUGAGGAGACUGUCGAGGAGACUGCUGCUGAUGCAUGAAUUUCUUUCUAAUGCUAUCGUAGGAUUCUAAGUAUCGCUUAACUUUGGGAUAUUUUGUGUCAUUUUUGGAGGAUAUUUUGCCUUUUGAAGUUUGGAUGUUUGGUCGUAGCUGAUGGCUACUUGUUAGACAGUUUGAAAGUUAAUUCUGGAAUAUGCAUAACUUUGUUUGGAUGAUUUGUUUGUGUUGUCAUCACUAGAAGUGUAAUUGCGU